UUAAUACUGAACAUUCAAUUAUUGACACUGAUCAAUCGUGGUCACAAGAACAAGAUGAGAGUUGGGGUUCUCUGCAUGGUGAUGGUGUGUUUGAGUGACAGAAAGAUCACAGCAUGUUCAGUUAACACCACUCGCACAGUGUCAACAAAACUCAGUAAAGUUUCGGUAUCCUGUCCGUCAAACGACGCCAGCAGCUCAGAGCUCAUCUACCAGCUCCUUUUCAAUGGCAAGUGCAUCAGCCGAAUACGUCUGCCCGAGGCGCAUGAUUCAAGGGGCUCCUUCUCUGGUCAGUAUGAAGUCAUAGCCAACAACAGUGGAGUGUACAUAUGUAAGAUGGAGGUUAUCUAUCCUCCACCAUUCAAAGUGUCCUGCCACUCCACUGAAGUAGUUGUGGCAGAAAAGCAGAAAACCAAUGACACCUCCUCAGAAGCAAAUCAGAACUGUCAAGUCAAGUCUUCACUCAUACCAGAGGUGGUGUUGUGGGCAGGAUGUGGUGCUCUAUUACUCUACAGCCUGACAAUAACCUGCAUCAGCAUUGUUCUAUGGAGGAAACUGAAGAAUGAUGAAGAGGAGGAAAAUGUGUAUGUCAACACCAGACCUGGAGAGCUCAAGAAACCCUGCAAAGCCUGACAACAGCUUAUAUUAUAAU